UCCAUCAGAAGGGGGAAAAAAAACAUGGCAAACGACAGGCAAAAGGUUGUCCUGAUUACAGGAUGCUCCUCUGGAAUUGGUUUGAAGCUUGCUAUUCAUCUUGCAAACGAUACCAAGAAACAGUUUUAUGUUAUUGCUACCAUGAGAAAUUUAAACAAGAAAGAACAGCUGGAAGCAGCCGCUGGAGAUACUCUGAACAAGACAUUACACGUCAGGCAGCUUGAUGUCUGCAGUGAUGAGUCAGUGACAGAAUGCCUCAACAGUAUUCAAGAUAAAAGAGUUGACAUACUGGUAAAUAAUGCAGGUAUUGGAAAGAUUGGCCCAAUAGAAAGUCUCGACAUCCAGGAAAUGAAGAGUAUAUUUGACACAAACUUUUUUGGAGCUGUUCGAAUGAUCAAGGCCAUGCUACCAGAUAUGAAGAGGAGAAGGAGUGGGCACAUUGUUAUGAUGAGCAGUGUGAUGGGACUACAAGGUGUUAUAUUCAAUGAUGUCUAUGCCGCCUCGAAGUUUGCCAUGGAAGGAUUUUGUGAAAGUCUUGCAGUCCAGCUUCUUAAGUUCAAUAUAUAUGUUUCAAUGAUAGAACCUGGUCCAGUAAACACCGAAUUUGAAAUGAAGCUCAUGGACGAGGUGUCACAUUCUACAUUCCCAGGAACAGACUCAGAGACAGUCCAGUUUUUCAAAGAUGUCUACCUACCUGCUUCACGUGACAUCUUUGCUACAAUGGGACAGACUCCGGAUACAAUUGCUGAGGCGACCAUCAAAGUGAUAAAAAUGGAACGGCCAGUAUUUCGGUACCAAACCAAUAUACUUUAUACACCACUGACGGCAAUGAAGUACGCUGACGACACAGGAAAUAUGUCAAUCCGAAUGUUUUACAACUUACUUUUUAACCAUGGAACUUGCUUUAAAAUAAGCUUAAGCUGCCUCAGAAUUGUAACAUGCAGCUGGUUCCGUAGUGGAGCUGUUUCACCAAACUGA